AUGCUUGUAGCAGAUGUUAUGGUGGAGCAGGCCUAUGUGUACUUGACAAGAAUGGAAAAUUCCAGUGUGCCAUUGCAAAGAAAGCUCCCAAGAAAAAAGCAUUCAGAUAAAGAUACACUGUUUUCACUCGUAAGUGCUGAGUUCGACCUUCAAGUGUAUGUAUCGGAUGCUUGCAGCAGUUGUUAUGGUCGGGGAGGUCUAUGUGAACUCGAACAGAAUGGAAAGUUUCAUUGUGCCAUUGCAGACAAAGUUACAAUCACUUUAUUUAUUGGAAUUGGAGCUCUGAUGGUUAUAGUUUGCUACUUUUGGAGAAAGUUCUCAUCAAUUAAGAUUAUUAAUUUUUGGAAGAAGAAAAAUCUAACUCAUAAGAGUGUCGAGGCCUUUCUAAGGAAUCAUGAACCUCUUGUUAUUAGAAGAUACAUAUAUUCAAAUAUAAAGUCAAUGACCAAGUCCUUUAAUAAUAAAUUAGGCCAAAGGGGCUAUGGUUGUGUCUAUAAGGGGCAAUUACAAGAUGGUUGUUUUAUGGCAGUGAAGGUUCUGGAAGAAUCGAAAGGUAAUGGAGAGGAAUUCAUUAACGAGGUUGCAAGUAUUAGCAGGACUUCCCAUGUUAACAUUGUCACUCUUAAGGGCUUUUGCUCUGAGGGAUCUAAAAGAGCUCUUAUCUACGAGCUUAUGCCUAAUGGAUCUCUUGAGAACUAUGGAAUGAUGGUCUUAGAAAUGGUGGGAGGCCGAAAGAAUGUUGAUGUUACCGUUAAUUUUUCAAGUGAAAUAUAUUUUCCACAUUGGAUUUACAAGCAUCUUGAACUAAAUGAAGAAUUGGGACUGCUCCGCCUUUUAAAGGAAGGAGAUGAAGACUAUGCAAGGAAGAUGAUAAUAGUGAGUUUGUGGUGCAUACAAAUUGACCCCUCAAACCGACCAUCAAUGAGUAGGGUGGUGGAAAUGUUGGAAGGGAGUCUUAACUCCUUGCAAAUCCCCCCCAAACCUUUCCUAUUUUCUCCACCAAGAAGAUCAUUGACGAAUUCUUCAAUUGAAAUGUUAUCAAUACAAUAG